UGUUACACUACUGUAUACCAUAUAUAAUAUCAUUUGACUUUCAGGCCCUUCGUUUUUAACUUGAAUUGUUUGGUUCUUUCCCACACCAGAUUUCUUCUCCUGCAAAGCAAAUGAACAUCUUGAAGGUCCUGUUCCACUGCUUCAUACCUUUUGCGGUCGCAUAUGCAUCAUCUGAUUGCCAAUAUUAUUCUUGGUGCAGCGACAACAACAUCCUUAUUCGUUUUCCCUUCCAAAUAGAAGGUCAGCAACAUCCUUAUUGUGGCUAUCCUGGUUUCAAACUAACUUGUUCCAAUGAUAGCAAAACUGUUAUAACACUUCCUUACAUGGGAAAGUUCUUUGUCCGCAACAUUAACUACCUCAGACAACAGAUGCAAGUGUACGACCCAGAUGAUUGCCUUCCAAAACGUCUUUUAAGCCUCAACCUUUCAGCUUCUCCCUUCACUGUCACUUCACUCCGGAACUACACCCUCUUAAGCUGCCCAACUCCCCACACAGGCUCGCAGUUCAUUCCCAUUGACUGUCUUAGCAAUUCAACGUCUUUUGUCUCAGCUAUUCCUUCACUGAACUUCACUUCAUUGCCCGAGUCUUGCCAUGUUGUAAAGAAACUAUCAUUUCCAGUUGCAUACCAGGAAAAUUUCAGAGAUGAUCUCCUUCGUGGAGAUCUUCUAUUAACAUGGUAUUCACCUGACUGUAGAUAUUGCGAAUCACAACAAGCUCUGUGCGGAUUUGAUGAGAGCAUAAACAGUGAUCAAGUUGGUUGUUUCUUUGAUGACCAAACGGGACGUCAAGAACAUGGUCUUCGAGUUUUUGGAAUCAUCACAUUAUCCAUCGUUGGACCAGCUAUCGUGUGUGCCAUUGCAAUGACUUGCUACGCCACCUUCAGGUACAGAAGAGGCAACACAGGGAGAAUUGCUGCAGCACAGAGGUCUGCAGCAACUGAAAUACCGGAAUCUGCCACCGUUAGGAUGGGUCUGGAUGAGUCUACAAUCGAGUCGUAUCAGAAACUGGAGUUAGGGGAGAGCCGAAGAGUGCCAGGACCCAAUGAGGGAUGUUGCACCAUAUGUCUGUCAGAGUAUAAAACCAAAGACACUAUAAGAUGUAUUCCUGAAUGCGCACAUUGCUUCCAUGCUCACUGCAUCGAUGAAUGGCUUCGCAUCAACACUACAUGCCCUCUUUGUCGCAACUCUCCCUCUACAGUUCUAGCCAUGUCCAGUGAUCAUUGAUUCCUAGGAAACUGUUGUUCCUUGUUUACUUCGAAUACAUAUAUCGUAUAGGUGAUAAAUUUUCCGCGAAAGAAAUUUAAACAAGAAAUAAAUAAUUGAAGAAAUCUGUAAUCACUCUCAGAAUGGUGUCAUUCAUGGUGUUGCAGUGAGAUAUGUUUUUGUCUGAGAAUAAUCAGCUGGAUUGCAUUGUGAAUUUAAGCAUAUUUCAUACAGUCUAUAAUACAAAAUUACAUACUCUACUGUAUAACCUUUAAUAUAAAUUUGAAUAAUCCAUCUCAAAUAUAAAUUAUAUUUCACAUUGUACGAUUCAUGAUAUAAAAUUAAAUUCCGAUAUAUGCCUAAAAUAUAUUCUGAAUUAUUAAAUGCAAAUCUACGAAUUUUCCCUACACCACCACCUGUGGGUCUAUUAGAUCACACCCUUCAAAGGAGUGUCGUUGAAACUUAUAUUCGCAUUUUUCUGACUUUGUUAGUGAUAGGAGAUUAUCACAUGCUUUUCUAACUUAGUAUUUGCUAUCAGCCGUAUCUUUUCAAAGGGAGUGUUGGAUGCAAUGGCAUAGAUCAAGUCUUAUUGCCACGUGGGAGUUCUAUGAUGAGUACAUUGAAAGGAAGAACGGCGUUGAAGUACUAUUAUUUUUAACAUAUGAUUAGUUUAUAUUCUUUUAGUUCUAAACAUAUUUAAAGGUAAAAUAAAAAUAUUAAAUGUGGACACCAAGUUAAAAUUAUAUCUUCGUUGAACCUGAAGAAUAACUGAAUGAUUAUUUGGUAUCAUCUGCGGAACAAUUGCCCAAUAUGCUGAGUGUGCUAAGUUGACAAAACAAUGGCAUUUGGUUUUCUAAUUUUGCUAAUUCCACAUCUUCAU